AUGUUCAGUGAAAAGAACAGCACUCCUUUGUCCCAGAAACCAAGCAAGAAAAAGACAAGACCACAAGGGCUGCCUUCCCCAGCUCUUUGCUGUGCCUGUGGGCUGUGCAUCAUGCUAGCAGGUAUCAACAUCACCCUGGUGGGAGCAUUUGCUUUUGGAACAUUUGUGCCUGUCAACAACCCUCCCAUUGUCAUUGGUCCUAUCCUUUUGGUUGUGGCAUUCACUUUUUUCGGGGCUUGUUGCAUUUGCAGCCGAAGACCACCUGCUCAUGGCACAAGAAAAUCCAAACCAGGGGCCAAUAUUGGACUCAUCAAACAUGGGAACACGGCCUUUGAAAUUGAAACCAGCGAGCAUACAGUACAAGAUACCACUGCUGUGCAACUAAGCCCAACUAACUCUCCACUGUCCUCCAGAAAGUCCACCCCUAUUCAUGAAAACUCCAAGACCUGCAAACUUUUUACAAUGGAUAGCAAUGGACCAGCAGCAAAAUACACAGCUGGGGGGGAAUCGAUACAACUGAAUUUGCCCAGAGACAUUGCUAUGUCAUAA